AUGAUGCUGAAAUUCUUCACCACCACCACCACUACUCUUACCUCAUCAAAAACCAUUUUCAAAUUCUUCUCCACUUCCACCACAAACCCACAAUCCUUCACCGUCUCCUACCUCAUCAACAACUGCGGCUUCUCCCCAGAAACCGCCUCCAAAGCUUCCCAAACUCUCACUCUCACCAACUCCCAAAAACCCGAUUCAAUUCUCGCCUUCUUCACUACCCACGGCUUCUCCAUCUCACAACUCCGCGACAUCAUCAGACGUGAACCCUGGCUACUCUCAUGCGACCCCAACAAGGUACUUUUACCAAAGUUUCAAUUUUUACUCUCCAAGGGCGCUUCUUCCUCUGAUAUCAUUCGUAUCGUUAAUGCAAGCCCUAGACUCCUUAGAAGAAGCUUAGAGAAUCAUAUAGUUCCUGCUUAUGAAUGUGCAAAAGGGUUUCUUCAAUCUGACAAAAAAACCAUUGCUUGUGUUAAGCGUUUUUGUUUUCUCUGUCAAAGUGGUGUGGCAGAAAAUGUUAAAGUCUUGCUUGAUAAUGGAGUUUCUCACUCAAAUAUUGCUAGGUUGUUUCAUUGGUGGCCUAGUAUAAUUUGCUCUUUUGAUUUGUUGAACACUGUUGAAGAACUGAAAGAACUCGGUUUCGAUGGGUCGACUUCGGCUUUUAGUAAGGCGUUUCUUGCGAAGAGAAGUGUUACGAAAGCGAAGUGGGAUGAGAAAGUUGAAACCUUUAAGAAAUGGGGUUGGUCUGAUGAACUGAUUAUUGAAACGUUUAAGAAGCAUCCUUUCUGUAUGCUGGUAUCGCCUCGCAAGAUCAAUGCGAUUAUGGAUUUUUGGGUUCAUCGCUUAGGUUUGGAUUCUUUGGAACUUGCUAGAGCUCCUGGGAUUCUUCAAUGCAGUCUUGAGAAGAGGAUUAUUCCUAGAGCUUCUGUUGUGCAGUUUCUUAUCUCGAAUGGCUUGCGACGAAAGGAUGCGGGUGUGUAUACGCCGUUUGUUGUAUCUGAGAAGUUGUUUGUGGAGAAGUUUGUGAAAGGUUUCGAGGAGCAUUCUUCUGAUCUCAUAAAGCUUUAUGAGGAGAAACUGAAUCUUGCAGAUGGUACGAACAGCCUUCUGCUGGUGUGA